CCAACAAAAAAUUUAAGUGAAGAUAUGCUUUUUAUGGGAAUCGAAGGUGAACCUCGGCGAAAAGCUACUGUGCGAAAAGUUGCUGUUUACGAAAGUGAUCCAAAUUGGCGCCAAAACCGACCGGAUCCUCAUCAAUUCGGUAACCUUCCAGGACAUGAGGUUGGAAGUUGGUGGCCGACAAGAAUGGCGUGUUGCCAUUCUGGAGUUCAUGCACCGACGGUCGCUGGAAUAGCGUGGAAUGAAGGUGAAGGUGCGACGAGUAUCGCUUUAUCAGGG